AUGGGAGGGUUGGUGUGGGCACAAGAUUGGUUCGAUAGUUGUCUGCUUCGCAUAAAAAAUACGACGUGGAUCCGUGAACAAGUGGAAAAGCGCAAGGCAUGGGGACUCUUUCGUUCAUCUUCAACUAUUGAGCAAACAACAACAGUGAUCAGUGAAGAAUGGAUCAAACACUCACAAUAUUCGCUGCAAUUAAUGGGUGGUACCGAAUCCAUAGACAUUUCAAAAUGGCGUGAAUGGGUUCCAACCGUGAAGCAUCAUCCACGGUCAAUAUCGUAUGAUCUUCUUCCUAUCCACAGACUUCUACCAGCAAAGAGCGAUCAACGAGAAGCUCUCGAACAGGCCACGCUCUAUUUUCGCACUCAAGCUGAUUUAAAUGAACGUGCCUAUAUUGCGGAACUCCAAGCCAUUCCGAAGCCGCCGCAAUCUCGAUGUCAAAGACCGCUGUCAAAACGUUCUUUAGAAUUAAGUACUCAGCAGCAACCCCAGACGGUAAACCGUACCACAUCGCCGUUUAUUUUCACUGAAGAAGCUCGAGCAGCUCUUUGUCCAUUUGUCGGAACUGAAGGACUGAGGUGUUUCGAUAAUCAGUCUGUACAAAUUUCUGGUAGAGAACUAAAUGUAAUGUCAAGAAAAUUGCCAGUUGGCGUUGGCAUCAGUGUUGAUCGAAGUACAGGUCGACUAUUGGCUCCAGCAGUUCAGUUAACGUAUGCUCCAGAUGGUACUCGAACAUGGACCGAUGGUCACUCCGGUGCAAUGUUUAAUCUCUUCAAUGAAGCAGUUAUUGGACCACCUGAUCAAGAAAUAGUUGCUUACGAUGCACUUGGUAUUCGUAUUUUUCAUAAUGCUUCACAACUAGACGCGGCCUGGCGACAAACAUUCGCUGAUGGUUCAUUGCGUGGUGGAGAAUUAGCUCGAGCACCAGAUAUGCUCGACUACUACGAUAAAUAUUUUGCUCAUGAUGAUUGGUUCGUACUUGCACAACGUCCCAUUGGUCUCUACACGGUUAGACUUAAUGCAUCAACUAUGCAAUUGAAUUCAUUUGCUCGUCAGGCAAUAUCCCAACUAACACCAACAUUCAAUGCACAACUCUACGAAGAUUUUCUGGACGCUUGGGGUACUCAUAUUAUUACCAAGUCUCUUAUCGGCGGUAUGCUUGAGGAAAGAGCUAAAGUCAAACGAUGUCUGACUAUUUUCGGAGACGAUGCUGUUUCUCAAUGCAUACCUUUUUCUAUUCGAAACCCCAGUGGAUCUGAUUGUUCCUACUAUGCUAGCCGAUCUCGUGUAACAUGGAAACGUCGUCUUGGUGGUAACGUCGAACUCAAUGAUGAGGAUUGGAAAAAAACUCUGGCUCCAGGUCCUGCUCUCUUGCAAAUUCUCGAGAUGGUACCUUGGAUAGAACAUCCAUCGUGGUUUAACACAAGACAGAUUGAAUCUGAUUUAUAUUUAACAACAGAAGAUUAUUAUUAUUACGGUAAUCGUUCGAAUAGCUGGCUUAUCCGUGGAACAAGUCGAGAUGUUAUUAUUGAUACUGGCCUCGGUCUUUGUAAUUUGAAACAACAUUUAGAAAGACUUGGACUAUUAGAUAGUAAUCGCGAAUGUAUUGUUAUUUGUACACAUUCUCAUUUCGAUCACAGUGGUGGUGCACAUCAUUUCGAUAAUGUACUAAUUCAUCAAGGUGAUUAUGAAGGAUUGAGUACUGGUGACGAAUUAACAACACUAAACUGGUCCCGCCCAUCACAUUAUCAUGCUCAACCAUACGCAAAUUUCUCUGCAGAUCAAUAUAAAGUUCCACCAACAAAAUGUAAGCCUAUUGAAGAUGGUCAUCGAAUUAAUCUUGGUGCUGAUGAUGACGAAAUAGAAAUAAUACAUGUACCUGGCCAUACACCUGGUAGUAUUGUUUGCUAUUACCCAAAGAAACAGGCUUUAUUUACUGGUGAUUUUGUUUAUGAUUGUGAAAAUGGUAAAUAUCUAUAUGAUCAUUUACCAACAUCAUCUAUUAGUGAUUAUUUAAAAAGUGCCGAGUACAUGAUUGAUUGGUUAUACAAACAUAAGGAAGUAGAAAAAUUUUAUCCUGGACAUUAUGAGACACUCAAUAGAAUGCGUUUUGAACAAUUAUUGGAGCAAUAUAUUUAUUCAAAACAAUAG